UACCCACACUUCAAACUUGACUGCUCUGAGUUGAGAGAUAAAGCUUUACCUUCUUCCCAGCCUUUUUCUUUCUUUCUUAAAGAUGAAGCUGCAAUUUGCCCUUACUCCUUUUGCCAGGAAUUGGGAUUUUCCCACAGUAGCACCCAGCAUGCAGCAAAACAGUAGGGCUCUGUGGAAGCUCAAAAAAGUGCUGGGGAGAGGGAAGAGUUAUUUGAGGAGAGGUAGACCAGCACAGAUGUAGAUUACAGGGGGAAGGGGAACUUGUUAAGCUUAAAUAGUUCUAGUUAUGGAGAGAGUUUGUGUGUGUUCUGUAGAGUUGCUUUCCCUAUGCAUUGGUCUAGAUACAUUGGUGAACAUGAUCAUAGGAUGGUUUGGGUUGGAAGGGACCUUAAAGAUCAUCUGGUUCCAACCACCUGCCAUGGGCUGGGACACCUCACACUAGACCAUGUUUCUCAAAGCCCCAUCCAGCCUGGCCUUGAACACUGCCUGGGAUGAGUGUCACUGUAGAAGGCUGCAGUGUAUUAAGUCCCAAGGCAGGAUAGAUGUGUGCCUCCUCCAGGGGCAUUUUCAGGUCUUGCUCAGCGAAGGAAAGUAUUUCAUCGCUCACCGUUUUGUGAGCCCGACGAAAACCAGCACAGUUUGCCAUAUAAAACUCAGGAAAAUGGCUGCCUUCCCAUCAGCAUCUCUUUACACUGACUGCAAGGAUGAGAGAAUGUGUGGGCCUGCUUAGAGCAGAUUCCCAAAUCCACAAUGACCAGAGGGAGAGUAGAUGCCUGAGGCUGUGUAUGUGAGAGCUGUUUUGUGUGGGAUGUGUUCUGGAUAUGUGGGUCAAAAUGUGACUCUGGCAUCUUAAGAAAGCUAUGGGUAGACAUCAGGCAAAGCACUGAGCUUGAGACGGGGUCCUUGUUAAUGCUGUACCCUUUUUCAUCAGCAGUCACCAUGAAGAAGAGUAAGGAUGGAGUGGGAAAGCCCUGCAGAAAAGGCUGAAGAUAAGCUGGCCUUCCUGAUGCCUGGCUCAAACUGCUUUGGCAGGCCUGGCAGUGCAGCAUGAUUAGGAUGAGGAGGAAGAAACUGUGGGCAUCUUGCUUAUGCUUUGCAGCAGCCUUCUUCCUUGUGGUGACACUCCAGGUUAUCACUGAACUGAGCAAUUCAGAGAAUAAGGUGGCAGUAAUCUCCAGUUUACAGAGUAGCCCGCUAAAGCCUGUGGAGAGGUAUGCUUUUCAGUUCAAGAAGCAGGAACUUCACAGAAGCUUCAAGGCAGAAUCUGAUGUAAAUCACUAUCCUGUCCUGCUCUGGUGGUCUCCCCUGAGUGGGGAGAAAGGGAGAUUGGGUCACUGCGGAGAGGACGUUUGCUUCUUUACUAUCAACAAGACCUACCAGCACAAUGAGAUGACGAGAGCAUUUCUGUUCUAUGGUACUGACUUCAGUAUAGACAGCCUACCUCUCCCUCGGAAAGACUAUCAUGAUUGGGCUCUUUUCCAUGAAGAGUCACCAAAAAACAACUACAAACUCUUCCACGAACUGACCAUCACCUUAUUCAACCACACUGCAACCUUUAGCCGCCACUCUCACCUACCGCUGACCACUCAGUACCUUGAGGGCAUAGAGGUCCUGAAGUCGUUGAGGUACAUGAUCCCACUGCAGGUGAAGAACAGCCUGAGGAAGAGGCUUGCACCGCUUGUAUAUGUGCAGUCGGAUUGCAACCCUCCUUCUGAUCGGGACAGUUAUGUGCGCGAGCUCAUGUGUCACAUUGAAGUAGACUCUUAUGGGGAAUGUCUACAUAACAAAGACCUUCCUCAGCAUCUUAGAGGUCCAGCUGCCAUGGAUGAUGGGAACUUCUAUAAAAUACUGGCACAGUACAAGUUCAUUCUUGCUUUUGAAAAUGCUGUCUGUGAAGACUACAUCACUGAAAAACUGUGGCGGCCACUGAAGUUGGGAGUGGUACCAGUGUACUUUGGGUCUCCUAGCAUUGUAGACUGGCUUCCUAGUAACAAGAGUGCAAUCCUGGUAUCCAGUUUUUCACACCCUCGGGAGCUGGCCCAUUAUAUCAAAACACUCGAUACAAAUGAUCAAGAAUAUGAGUCCUACUUGCAGUGGAAACUGAAAGGGGACAUUUCCAACCCAAGGCUGCUUACAGCGAUGAAGGAACGCAAGUGGGGAGUGCAGGAUAUCACCCAGGACAAUUACAUUGACACCUUUGAGUGCAUGGUGUGUAACAGAGUGUGGGAAAACAUCAGAAGGGAAGAAAAGGGAUGGCUGCCCCAGAGGUGGAAAGCUCAGGUCAACCAUCUGAGCUGCCCCAAACCAGCAGCAUUCUCGUUCUCGACCUCAAACCCUGGCUGGACUUCUCUCCAUGAGAUGUGGAUACCAAGCUUUGAGCAAUCCAAGAAAGAAGCCUGGGCACUGAGGCACCUGGUGGAAAGGAACAGGAAUUUUACAGCUCAAGAAUUUUGGAUGCUUGUAUUCAAAGAAUAAACACAACAACCUGUAAAAUGGAA